AUGGCAGAAAACUGCAAACGUGUUCAGCAACAGAACUAUAUUCGUGAAAACUUCCAUCCUGGGCGCUCAAGACCAGUCCUACGAAUCAGUUUUCUGAAAACUGAAUUUGCUCAGUGGGCUGCCAACCCGGCGGCGGCGAGCGACCCCGCGGCGGCCCGCAACGGACUGGCCGAGGGCACGGAGCAGGAGAACGAGGACGAGCAGGUGCGGUUGCUGUCUUCGUCCCUGAGCGCCGGCUGCAGCUUGAGGAGCCCCUCGGGCAGGGAGGUCGAGCCCGGGGAGGAUCGGACGAUACGAUACGUCCGAUACGAAUCCGAGCUCCAAAUGCCCGAUAUCAUGAGACUGAUCACCAAAGAUCUGUCUGAACCCUACUCCAUUUAUACGUAUAGAUAUUUUAUCCACAACUGGCCACAGCUGUGCUUCUUGGCCAUGGUAGGGGAGGAAUGUGUAGGUGCCAUCGUUUGCAAGUUGGAUAUGCACAAAAAGAUGUUCCGCAGAGGUUAUAUAGCCAUGUUAGCUGUGGAUUCCAAAUACAGGAGAAAUGGCAUUGGUACUAACUUGGUGAAGAAGGCCAUAUACGCUAUGGUUGAAGGAGACUGUGAUGAGGUUGUUUUGGAAACCGAAAUAACAAAUAAGUCUGCUUUGAAACUUUAUGAAAAUCUUGGUUUUGUUCGAGAUAAGAGGCUGUUCAGAUACUAUUUAAAUGGAGUUGAUGCACUGCGACUUAAACUGUGGCUGCGUUGAGAAACUGACGUUGAGGAACAACUUCCAACCACACAGUCGACCUUUGCAUGCAAUGCAAUUUGUACAGAAUUGCUUUGCAGGUGGAUUUAGUAAUUCCCAUGCAGCUCUUACCUGUCAGUGUCUCAUUGAGUGUCGCACAAUAUUUGUUGCACUUUGGCAUGGCGCAUUUGUUCUGAAUUAAAAGAGAUUGUUUUAAACUUCAGGAGUUCUUUUGGUACCAACAAGACGUGCCAGUUGAUAGCCAAGAAUUGUUCAUUUGCAGUCUGCUGACAAUGUCAUUUACAUAGUGACCAUUCUAUCACAGAACCAGUAAGUGGAACAGAAUUUUUGUUUCUUAAAAAAGCCAAUGUAGAUUGUAAAAGUCUCUCAGUAUAUUAACAUUUCACACAAAACCUGCCAUAGUUUUCUGAAAGGGAUGAGGGAAAAGUUUCAAUUUUAGGUUUUAUUUUUUCAAUAUUAAAUUUUCCAUUCUUGAAUUUUGGUACCUCAGUGAUUAGGGAAUGAAAAAAUGUAGGGUGGGGUAACAAUAAUUAAAUUGCGUCUGCCAGUGCCUGUGUAGAUAUAGGUAUAUUUGUCUUUAUCUCUAGUUUUUGAAUGCAUGCUGUCUUUUCCUUUUCUUUUUGGCCUUUGAAAGCAAAUUUUGUUUUUAUUUAAAUUCUAAAUUUGAUAAUAAACUAUUUCAGAUUUUUAUGAUUUGGAACUUUUUCCAGGUGACACUGAUUCACCUUAGAAGUCCCUUUUUUCCUUACAGUAGGAAGUUGAAUCUGCUUGGGAAAUCUUUGAGGAUUGGCUCAAGAGGGAUGAGAAAGGUUGAUGGAGCUGGGAAUUGCUGGGUUUUGGAUGCACUUUUUUUUUUGAGAGUGAGGAAACUUUUGGAAAAGAAUAGAAAAUUAAUGUAAAUUGGUAUGAUUUUAUUUAAUCAAAAUUAUUGCUGCCGCUUUUAUAAAGUAGUUAGAAGUAUUUUCCCCACUUGAUUUGGAUUCAGGUUGCUUCCAUUUCUUAAAAUGCUUCACUUUUGGUUCAUGGUCUUCAAAAUAAAUUUAAAGGUGCAUUGUAUCCUUUUAAGCUGCUUUUAUUUUCUUUUCACUUGUCUGACAGAUUGUUUAGGAGAGCUUUGCUUUGUUCCUCCAGAAAAACAAGGGAUAAAGAAAAAUCUUUUUUUAGUGAGUUCUUUGGGUUUUCAGCCACCAUGUUUAAUAAUUACAUUGCGUUUUGUUUAACUGAUGUAGUGUAACAAAUUUUGAAGUUAACUUUCAGUUGAGUUGGCAAAUCUAUGGUGGAUAACUUAUUUAACUGGAAAACCUAGGUACCCAUAAGAAAAGAUUUACCCUCUGUGAAAAAAUAUUUUUUAGUAAUCAGUGUUGUUGUUGCUGUUUUCAUUUGAAUAUGCUUUACAUCUUCUGUAGGAUUUGGUUUGAAAUUUUUGUGGCUAUAAUUACUGUAUUUUUAAAAAACCCUACCUCCAUUAACAGUUGGUAAAGGCCCCUUUUCAGGAAAGUUUGUUGCUUUUUUUUUU